CGAACAGAAAUCUAACAACUCCAUGUAAAAUGGAAAUGUUUCUUCGUGUAAUGUACUUUUGCAGCUUCUUCCUCUACUCACUGCAUUUGGGCUAUGGCUUUACAGAUUUCCCUUAUUUUUACGAAACACCAUUAUUGGCUAGUGAUUCGGAAGAACAAGUACCUCAUUAUGAAUUUGACAGACCCAUUAAACCUUUCGAAAAGCACUCAGAAUUAGUCGUUGAAGCUGGAACUUCCCCUACAGCAUCUGUCCUAAGGCAAAUGAAGUGGAAGGAUGUCACACCAAAAAGUGAGAUCCAAUACCUUACUAUGUUUGCUCCUUCUCGUACGCCAUACAAGCCUCGUGCUGAUCGGCGUAAAAGAUCUCUUGACAGUGGAGAUGCAUUGCUGGAAAGUAAUUUAGAAGACAUCAGCAAAAUGCGUUAUUUGCAGCCACUGCUGCGCUUGAGCCGCAACAGGGAGAAUGUUAAAACAAUACAUUUGCCGUCUUCAUUCACACCUAGAUUAGGAAGAAAACGAUCAGAAGAAAAGAACAAUCCUCAGCCUGCAGCUAUCAGUGGUAGAGCUCAACAUGUCAUCAAUAUGAAUGCAGGCACUGCCUUCACACCCAGAUUAGGAAGAUCAGAAAGAUUAUACUGGUCUAAGUAAUACCCGACUGAUGUUUUGUAAUGGAAGAAAUGAACUGGAAAAAAACCCGGAAAGGCAUAAAUUUAAUGUCUUAGUUUAAAGAAAGCAGCUAUUUCUUUUAGUACCUUAAUAACAAAGUGAAAUUAUUCUUGUAUUACUAACUCUUCAAGUGUUGUUUACACAUGAAGAUAUGUAAUUUCCUCUUGCAUGCGGAACGUGUAUUGAAGCAUUACCUUCUCGCUGUGUAUCAUUUGUUCUUAUCAUGAAGGAAAAUAAAAAAAUAUAAAUAAAUAAAAUAAUUGUGCUAAUCUGGA